CAGCUGUUUGUGGUCUUUCAAGUUGUCAGGAGCGUCUGCAGGCUGAGAGUUCAAAACGCUCCUCUGUGUUUCAGGAGUUGAUGAUUACCCGGACCUCUGCACACUUCACACACUCACCACAGUCUGCUCAUUAUCAGGGUUUGAAGAUGCACUUAGGUACAUUCGAUCCAAAUAUACCAGAGGAGGGACCAUCAGCGCCACCUCCUGGCUGGCUGGAUGAUAUUCAUGGAUAUCAGGGCCACAAAGGAGGAGAUGACGAUAACCCACUGUACCCACCGCCCCCUGCAUAUAAUCCCCAACCUGAACAAAACAGAAGCACAUCAGUGCCCGACGUCAGGGUCCCCUCGGUAUCGGAGGAUGUAGCCAGAGAUGCUCUGCUCAAAUUUGUGGAAUCCAAAUGGAAUUACAGCUCCAAGCCUGCCAGGAAUCUCACCUUCAAAGAUCUGCAGCCCAUCACAGUGUACAGGUAUCGAUUGGAGACCUACACUGAGACCAGAACCAGCGCCUGGCAGUUUGAGCCCUACAACGGUCAGACGGUGGACGGUCCUCAGUACGGUAUGAGCCCCGCGCCGUGGGACAUCCCGGUGUCGCUGCCUCAGAGAUACACUGACAAGGUGGAGAAGAUCCGAGUGCCGCACUCGUCGUUCGUGAAGGUGUGUCACAAGUGCAAAGGCUGCGGGAGAACUCGCUGCACCGCCUGCUUCGGCAGAGGCCAGAAGCGGUGCACGUUCUGCCACGGUCGCGGUCGUAUCAGGAACAAGCACUGCACUUCCUGUCAUGGCAGAGGUCGAAAGAGGUGUUUGAGCUGCCACAGCCACGGCUACAAGACCUGCUCCGUUUGUCUCGGCAGCCAAAACCUGCUGCAUUUCAUCCAGCUCACAGUGACGUGGAAGAACAACGUCAGUGAGUUCAUUCCCGACCGCCAGCCGGACUUCCCUGACAAGAAGUUUGAGAAGGUGUCGGGAGAUGCUUUCUUCAUCGAUGAGAGUUUGCUGGUGUAUCCUAUCCAGGGUUUCCCGGAUCAGGAGAUCUGUGACGUUUCAACAAAACUGAUUAACGAACACCUCGAGCGCUUCACCUCCACCAGCCGCAUCCUGCAGCAGCGUCAGAGCAUCGAGCUGGUGCCGCUCACUCAUGCCUAUUACACCUACAACGGAAAAGACUACAGCUUCUUCGUCUACGGGCUGGAGAACAAAGUGUUUACCUCCAAAUAUCCCUCUGCAUGUUCCAUCCUGUAGGCAGCACGGUAUCGAUAUUUAGUCCCACGAUUCUUUUGUAUGUUUACUAAACAAUCUUACAGUUUUAUGAUAAAUGAUCAAAGCUCAGCUUUAUUUUGAUAGGAUUCGCCUCCAAAUCACAGGGAGCCAAACUUUUAAGAUAAGUGGCCCCAAAGCUGUCACAGGUGUCAGUUAGUCUUUUAUUUUUUCAGUUUCAGUUAAACGUCUUGAUGGAUUUUCACUAGAAAAUUUUCCGUAUAUCCGUACAUAAACUUUGUUAUGCAUGUUAGUUAUUUUAAUCAUGAAUCAGUAUGAAUUUUACCUCUUUCUCUAAUCUGUUAUAAUCCACCCACUGUGUGUGUGUGUGCCUUAACAUCUACUUCCUGUUUACCAUCAGGUUAUUUCCUGUUGCUGCUGGUGCUUUCUUUGUGGCAUUCAGUACUAAAUGCUUUUGUUCAGUAUAUCAUCAGGUCAGAUCACUAAAGUUCACAUUAUUAUGCACAACCUGGAUUUUACUUGUUAAAUAUGUUUAACUGUAACGUUUAGACGUCCUGCAGUCACACUCAGGGUUUAUUCUCUUAUUUUCUGGUAUCUGCACUACGUUAACCUCAUUUUACUGCCUUUAAACAGCUGAAAGUUGCUGCUUUUGGUUGAAAUCUCAGAUACAGUCAGACUCGUUUCCACUCUCGUUUGACUCGUUCCCUUUGUUUCCUUUUAACUUUAAACACGAGUGCACUUACAGCGUCAGGCUAAAGAGGAGGACUCGAGAUUUUUCCUGGUAACUUCUCACUGAGUGACGUUUUUAAAGAAAAUUAUUAACUGAAAAUAACUGGCAGAAUAAUCAAUACUGAAAAUCAUUGUUAGAAGGAGCACCGCCCAUAACGUCACAGAACAUGAAUGACCAAAGAUUUUUAACCUUUCUGAACGUUUUCACUAUAUUUGUGCUCAUUUUGGUGUCUCGCUGUCAUUCUGUGAUUGGUUUUAGUUUCUCUGAUGUCAUUUAAAUCUAUUUUUUAAAUAUUUUUUGUCUCUUUGUGAUUGUUUGGAGUCUGUUUAUUUUUCUGUGGUCAUCUUUAGUUUAUGUUUUGUCAUUAUCAGUAUCCUUGUUGAAAUAUUCAAUUUCUCAUCAUUUACAUUUUUUUAUUUGGAUUUUUCCAUAUUUGUCAUGAUUUUUUUGUGUUUUUGUUGUAAUUUUUAGCUGAGCUCGGUUCAGGUUCAGGGUCUUCCUGUCUCCUCUCACUCCUUUCUUCAGCCUGUUCAGUCAUCCAUCCAAGGGUCCCGGUCUUGUUAGGUGAUUAAUUACAGGGAUGGAAUCGCUGUUAUAUAAUUUAAUGAAUGAUGGACUUCAAUAGUAAAGUGUAAAGUUUUGCUUGAUGGAUAAACAUCAUUGAAUUUAAUCUGGUUGAGGAUUUUUCUGGAGCUGUAAGGUGAUUCGGUGCAGGUACAGCCCAGCGGGUCGAGCAGGCGCCCGGUGUGUCGUACGGCUGUUGCCUUAAAGUUGUUGUUUUUUUAAGUCUACAUGUAAAAGAAGAGAGGAAUCUUCUUUAGGGCAGGAAAUGAACUCCAGGCCAAAUUCCUGGAAGAUUAAGUGCAGCAGUUUACUGCCAGCGAUGAUAAAAUGCAGCUUCCUGUCUGAAGCAGUUUGAACCUGCGUGUCAUUUUCUAAUGAUGUCAUAAGUAGGGACUGUUUGCUUGGUGUGCGUGUACGUUUUCCUCUUACAGGUUCUGUAAAAUCCAUCCAGAGUUUGGACAUUUUUACUGAAGUGACACAGAAAACAUGUCUCAUACUGUAUUUAACCUUUGUACAUCACUACAGACUCUCAUGUGUACACUAAAAUCUUUUAUUGUUUUAUAAACUGUCAAUCACCUGCCAAUGUUUGCAGUAAAGUUAUCACACAAAUAAAGAUGUUUUUAUUAUCA